GGCUCCCUCAGGGGGACAGAGCCUCCCCGCCCCCCACAUUAACAUAGUCUGGCAGAUAAUGAGCGGGGUGGGGGCUGCAGAAACUCUUGGAAAAGCAGAGUCUGCGCUGCUCCUUACGGCAGGUGUUCGUGGUGCGCAUUGAAACUGAGCCCGACAGUGACAAAUACCCCAGUGGCGUAGGCGGGAGUGUAACCCUGGGAGACUAACGGCACUGAAUGCAGUAACCAUCUCUGAGGGGGACUAUCAUGGUGAAAUACUGUGCAGCAUAUAACUGCAGUAAUGCAGACACAAAGUUAAAUCGGAAGCAGGGAAUAACUUUUCAUAGGUUUCCCAAGGAUAAUAAGAAAAAACAGCAGUGGGCCCAGGCAGUACAUCGGGCUGACCCUGUGAGUGGCAAACUCUGGACACCAUCUGAAUGGGAUAUGAUUUGUUCUCAGCAUUUCAAUCCUGAUUGCUUCAAAGAAAUUAAUGGAAAGAAAUUUUUAAAGGAAGGGAGUUGUCCUUCUAUAUUUUCCUUUCCUGACAAUUUUCAGAAAAAAGAUAAUUCUCUACGGAGAUCAGCGAAGAACUCCAAAUGGGCUGGCACAUUUCUAGAAAAUCCUCCACUCACGGCAGAUCCCACUGAGGUGUAUGUAACGAAAACAACGAACAACCCAAAAAGAUUAACAGAAAACUUCAGCUGUGCUCAUGAGGUAGUCACCAGUGGGGUGUGUAAUACACAGGACACAGUAAUGACAGACCACCAUUACCAUAUCACAGACAGUCCAAAAACUCUGAAGAGGAAACUGGAUGAACUUUUAGCAGAGAAUCACAAGCUCAGAAGAAAAUUAAGAAAUGCUUCUGAUCAGGAAGAGAGAUUCCAUAAAAAUAUGGAAAUCUUGUUGGACAAGCUGCACUCUAAAGACAUGUUGUCAUGGGAAAUAACGUGAUUGCUAGAUCUGUGCAAAGGCCAGGGGCUGAAUGACAAGUCUUCUCUCCCACUGCACCCAGCUGUUGGAUAAGAAAUGUUCACUAAUGUUUAUUGCUAUAUAUGUCAUUUUUGAAUGUAUUUAAUUAAAUAAAAAGCUGUAAACAUUACUGAAGUUUUCAUAUAAAAGCUAGAAACUUCAAAGUUAAGAUUGGCACUUGUGUUGUUCAGGGAGUGAAUGUCAGCCUUUUACUUUAAUUCCCUGUCUCUUCAUGUGUCCCACAUGGUUAUUUUUUAGCUAUAUAGUUUCAUGGAGGGUGGAUGGGAGUUUUACUGCUUUUUUAAAAAAGUCUUCUGUAGACAUUUACUAAGUGGGUUGUAUUUACCUGAGAGAGCCAUGGCUUUUUGAAAUAAUACACUAGAAUGUUCCAAUAAGUAUUUAUAAAUUUCCCCAAACCUGAUAAAUAUAUUGCAGCAUUUAUGAAAAUUUGUAUUGGUUCAUAUCUCUUUAUAUUUAACCAGUGUAUUAGACUAGUUUCAGAUAAUUUUUAAUGGCAAAAAGUUGAGAAGACCACAUCAUGACACACUUCUUUUGCAGCUCUUCCAAAACUUCUAGCAGUAAAAACCUUCACGACAUCUCCAACCAUCACAGAUUUUGCUUAGGGCAUCUACUUUAUUCAUUGUUGUCUUUUUCCCCCCUUCUCCAUCUUAUGUCACCUUUUAAGUGCAUUAAUUUCUAACAGCGCAAUGGUGUCAUUGCACCCAUGCACUAUAAAAUCCAUUUACAUAAUGGUUUGAAAUAUACACUUUUUUUUUGAAAGACUGGCAUUUGCAUUAACUAUUGUAUUAAAUCUUAUGAUCACACAUAGUAAAGUGUGUGUGUGUACACCUCCCCCCCCGCUACCCUGAUAUAACGUGACCCAAUAUAACAAAUUCGGAUACAACAUGGUAAAGCAGUGCUGGGGGGGCGCUGCGCACUCUGGUGGAUCAAAGGAAGUUCGAUACAACGCGGUAAGAUUUUUUGGCUCCCAAGGACAGCAUUAUAUUGGGGUAGAGGGGGUGUAUGUGUGUAAAAUGUAAUGUUGUUUAAUGGAUCCAGACUUAUUCUAGUCCAUUGUAUCAAUAUAUAGUUCUGCUGUCUAUAUUGCAUGCUAAAAUUGAACCUAUUAAAAUUCAUUAUGAAAAAUAA